GGGAGUUGCCGCUCUUGCCUCUGGCAGCGGCGAUGAUGAUCGGAGGCAACACUUCCUCCCGAAUGUGCCGCGAGUCUUCACUGCUGCUGGAUUGCGGCUGUGAGUGGUACUGCGGCGGGUAGCCGGCCAUGGAGCGACCAGGGCCCAGCGAAGCGACAGGCACAGACACGUCGGGACCCGACCCGCAGCUGGCGGUCACCAUGGGCUUUACCGGCUUCGGAAAAAAGGCCCGCACAUUUGAUUUGGAAGCAAUGUUUGAGCAGACUCGAAGAACAGCUGUUGAAAGAAGUCGGAAAACACUGGAAGCAAGAGAAAAAGAGGAAGAAAUGAACAGGGAGAAAGAAUUAAGAAGGCAAAUUGAAGAUAUUGAACCAACAUCUUCAGGUUUAAAUGUAGUCAGAGAUAACUCGAAAUCUUCUUCCAGGGAUACAAGCAGCAGUGAAAGUGAAGAGAGUUCUGAUUCUUCUGAUGAUGAGUUAAUUGGCCUUCCCUUACCCCUCAAAAUGACGAAAGAGCCGGUGAAUCUUAUGGAGGAAGAUAUCCUUGGUCCACUGCCUCCACCACUUCAUGAAGAAGAAGAAGAUGAUGAUGAGUCAGAAGAGGAAGAAAAUCCUGUCCAAAAGAUUCCUGACUCACAUGAGAUAACACUGAAGCAUGGCACUAAAACAGUUUCUGCUUUGGGUCUAGACCCCUCAGGUGCUCGUUUGGUGAGUGGAGGAUAUGACUAUGAUGUCAAGUUUUGGGAUUUUGCUGGAAUGGACGCUUCUUUUAAAGCAUUCCGAUCCCUUCAGCCCUGUGAGUGUCAUCAAAUCAAGUCACUACAGUACAGUAACACAGGAGACAUGAUUCUUGUUGUAUCUGGAAGUUCUCAGGCUAAGGUGAUUGACAGAGAUGGCUUUGAAGUAAUGGAAUGUAUAAAGGGUGACCAGUAUAUUGUGGACAUGGCCAACACCAAGGGUCACACAGCAAUGCUUCAUACUGGCUCAUGGCAUCCCAAAAUAAAGGGAGAAUUUGUGACUUGCUCAAAUGAUGCAACUGUGAGGACAUGGGAAGUUGACAAUCCAAAGAAGCAAAAAAGCGUGUUUAAGCCACGGACGAUGCAGGGUAAAAAAGUAAUUCCCACCACGUGCACGUAUAGUAGAGAUGGAAACCUCAUAGCAGCUGCUUGCCAGAAUGGAAGCAUACAGAUCUGGGACCGAAAUUUGACUGUUCAUCCUAAAUUCCACUAUAAACAAGCUCAUGAGCCAGGCACAGACACUUCUUGUGUGGCCUUUUCCUAUGAUGGCAAUGUCCUUGCCUCUCGCGGAGGUGAUGAUACAUUAAAAUUAUGGGAUGUCCGACAGUUUAAUAAGCCACUUUUUUCAGCCUCUGGUCUUCCCACCAUGUUCCCAAUGACGGACUGUUGUUUCAGCCCAGAUGAUAAACUCAUAGUCACCGGUACAUCCGUUCAAAGAGGAUGUGGCAGUGGCAAACUUGUUUUCUUUGAGCGCAGGACUUUCCAAAGAGUAUAUGAAAUAGACAUCACAGAUGCGAGCGUUGUUCGUUGCCUGUGGCAUCCAAAGCUGAACCAGAUCAUGGUUGGAACUGGAAAUGGAUUGGCUAAAGUGUAUUACGACCCCAACAAGAGUCAGAGGGGAGCAAAAUUAUGUGUAGUUAAAACACAGCGGAAGGCGAAGCAAGCUGAGACUUUAACCCAGGACUACAUUAUCACCCCUCAUGCCUUGCCUAUGUUCCGUGAGCCCCGCCAGCGGAGUACGAGGAAACAGCUGGAGAAGGACAGACUGGAUCCCCUGAAGUCUCACAAACCCGAACCUCCUGUAGCAGGCCCAGGUCGUGGUGGCCGGGUUGGAACCCAUGGGGGCACUCUGUCUUCAUACAUUGUGAAAAACAUUGCUUUGGACAAGACCGAUGACAGCAACCCCCGGGAAGCCAUUUUGCGGCAUGCCAAAGCAGCUGAAGACAACCCAUAUUGGGUUUCUCCAGCAUAUUCCAAGACUCAGCCUAAAACCAUGUUUGCCCAAGUUGAAUCUGAUGAUGAGGAAGCAAAGAAUGAGCCGGAAUGGAAAAAACGUAAAAUUUGAAGAAUCUCAUUUGAGAGCUGUUUGCAUGAGGGGGAGGGAUGUGUGACUGUUGGUUUUUUUUUUUUUUUUUUAAAG